AGCUGGGAAGUCGCUUAAGAGGAGGCAAAAGGACUAGACCUUCUGUCUUUGGCUCAGCUGGUGAUUUUUUAGUGCAAGCAAUUUGAGCAGGAUAUUCAGUGAUAAGCAUAUCUUUAAAUACUGUUUGACCAUGUGAAACUGUUUUGAAAUGAGGUCUUUUAUAUCAAACUUGGAGGAUGAGGGGAAGUAACUCCUCUCUCUGUACCAAUGGAAGUGAAUGAAGUUGUGUUGUCAGAUGUUCAUAUAUCAACACCGUUUAAUACCCUGAGCCAGAAUGAAUCGUCUGCCUGUAUUAUUUAUCCCCAAUUCAGUUACAAGGCUGCUGAAAGUGGAGUUCCAGAUGAAUUACAGAAUUUAGCAGUGUCCAGGUUUGAUGUAUCAGCAGCUGUAUUUGGUGUAGAAGGUUUACCAGCAGGACCUGGGGAAUCUGGAGACGACAAUCAUAGAACUUACUCAGGACGUGCAAUAGCGAAUGCUCCGACAGCUACAGACAAGACAGACCAAGCAUGCAGUAAUGAAGGGAAAGUCUCAUCAGUCGAGAGAGGAGAAAUUGACAGGGAUGAAUCACAAAAUGUGACAACCCCAGAUGUACAUGUAGAUGUAGGAGGGAACACAGCUGUGAAGAAACCGAGGCUUUGUGAAGAUUUAGAUCUUGUCAGCCCUAACCUCAAAAAACAGACCCACUGCCUGACGGCUUCUUUGGAAGAUGAGGAAGGUGACCUCAUCCUGCAGCGACCAUUGCAGUCUGAUACAUCCAACACGUCUGUCAUAACAAUUGUUCACCAUUUAGCCACACAGAGAGGGGAUGUGGGGCAUCAGGUUUGGUUAGGAGCUUUGUUACUAUGCGAGUACAUUCUUGGAAAUGCAGAUCUGUUUACUGGUCAUGUGACACUGGAGCUGGGGGCAGGGGUGGGACUGACUAGCAUUGUCACAGCUCUGUUUGCUAAACAGGUCUUCUGUACAGAUGUCCAUAACAGUAUUCUGAGAUUGGCUGAGCAUAAUGCAGGUAUAAACAGUCAGCUGUUGUUGAGGGCAGAGAGAAUUGCACCUGUCAAAGUGCGGCACUUAGACUGGAUGAGGGACUGGGAGUUCCCUGUCAGAGCUGAUCAAGAUCCAGAGGAUGAAUUUGGCUGGACUAGCACUGACCUUGAGGACAUCCAGGCAGUCAAGGUUCUGACAGCCGCUGAUGUUGUAUAUGACGAGGAUCUCACAGAAGGCUUUUUCCGCACUUUCCAUCACUUCAUGUCACAACCACCUGCUAAAGUACUCUACCUGAGUUUGGAGAAAAGGCUAGUUUUCACCAUCACUGACUGUGAUGUGGUGUGUCCAGCCUAUGAUCACUUCAGGCAGUGUCUGAAGGACCUGCACUUGUGUACAGACAACGGACUGCGAUAUGAAGUAGAACAAGUAGAGAUAAACUUCCCCCAGUGUUUCCAGUAUAAGAGAACACCUCAGCUGGAAAUUUGGAAAAUCUCAUCAACAUUUAGACGUUAGAUCUAUCUAUGCACGUGUGUACCAAAUUCAAGUGGACUAAGGGGAGAUAACUCUGAGUUGACCAAGGGGAGGAAGAAUAGGAGUUCACUAUUUGCGCUGAUAUGGACCGAAUUGUUCUGUCUUAAUGGAGUAGUUAUUAUAUAUGGUCACAUGGAAAAUGUCUUUGGCCGUAAGAAUGUGUGAUGUCACUCUUACUUCUCAUAGUAAGGUUAUCUGACAUUGAUGGAGAUAUAUUGUGCACAGUUAUUUGUCUCUCAUUAUGUGACACCAAUUUUGUAUUCACUUUUACCGGCAAGACAACACAAAAAAAAUCCAGAAAUGAAAUAAAAAGAAAACUGAAAAUCCACCUA